CGCUGGCAGUGUGAACGCAGCGUUAUACAGAACAGUUAAUACCAUACCAUGUGGUUCAUUUAGCUCUAUAUGUUCCAGUAUUGUAGUGUUUUUGAGAACAUUGUAUUGUCCAUUCAACUCAUGCUCUUUAAACAGUAUUGAAGGAGUUGCUGGAUGCUUGUGCCUGCUUUUCCUUCAUAUCCACUUCAACUCAUGCAUUUAAAAUGAACUAUAUUGCAUUUAAGCCUUUAGAUCAAGUGCUCUUUAAGAUAAAACUUAUAGUAUCAGAUGUGUUCAAUCUUUUGACCUGCUUCUGCAUGCCUUUUAUCAGAGAAGACCAUCCCAGUCAAUCUCGAGCAUGUAAAUUCGGUCUUCUGUGGAGUCAAAUUCCAGCAGACGUCAGAGGAACUCCAACGUGCCACAUAACGGGACAAAGUGCGGCACUUUCCGCCUCUCGUUGGCUGUUUGGCAGUCGGGUUACCCUCAUCGUGAUGAGGAAAAAUCUCUUAAAUGAUCUUUAAAGCGUUAACGGGCAUUACACAGAGAGACGCAGACGUGAACUUUCUUCAGAUUCGCCGAUAAUAGCGUGCGCGCGCGCGCUUCGCGCGCAUGAAAUGGACCAUUUAACUCGUUUGAUAAUUGUGUCGCACUUUUGGGGGACUUUUUCCUUUUCUUUCAAGCAUAGGGUGAAAUUACAUUGUUGAAAGGCUUCUUAUAUGUUGACUGUUAUUUGGCAGGUUUGACAUCUAAUAAUUCAUAUUUAUUUAGGAUUGGAACCGGCGGCGUCGGCUUCACGUGCACGCGCACGGGUGGCCCAUCCGAGUUUUACCGGGUUUUGAGCACAUGUUUGGAGUUUAACUAACUUACACUAGUACUACCGUCGAUGAAGCGGCUUUAAAGCAUCAUGAUGUUCGCAGGUAUGAUCAAGGUGGAGAGUAAUUCAACCCAAAAGACUGACAACGACCCCAAGUGUCAACGGUGCUCCGCGAGGGCAGGUGGUGCGAGCACAGCCACAGUGUCCGGAAGCUAUCGCAGAAGAAGUUUCAUUUGGCCGGGAUACAUGCAAGCGGACGCUGCUGUUGGUUUGGCUCUCGAGAUGCCAUGUGAUUCCAACAAACAUUCCAUUACCCCCAUUUGUGGCCCGUCCACUAGUGAGAACACUCAAAAGGGUGCUUCUGAUAUGCCAAGCAACUCCAGUGAGAAAUGGCUGAAAGAGGUCUUUCAGAAAGACAACUCUUCGAAUGACCAUAAUUCAUCCAAAACUUGCUGUUUACGUGACGUCCAAUCUGAAGACACUUCUAGAACAGUCCCGUCACGAGAAGUUUUCAAUUCAAGCUUUAGUUUCAUUCAAAAGUCGCUAGAAACAAGUGAUUUAUUACAUGAUACAAGCACAAGUAAGUCUUCAUCAUUCCCAUUUGUAAACAAACCAUUUGAUUCGACUUCAUGGGACCAAUUAAGAUCUGAACUGUCCUGCUCAGAUCCUUUAAAACCUCAAACUGUUUCCGUCAAUAAGUUUAAAGAGGAUUCGUUUAGCCAUUCAGAGAUUAACCCUGUGCCGCUUAGCCAACCAGAAUCGGAGGUUUUCACAUUAGGCCAACUGUCAAUUAGUCAGUCGGUGAAACGGAAAGGGCUCUUAUUGGACAAAGCGUUGUGGCUAGGGGACUUGGACAUGUCCUGGCGUCAACGGGACAGACAGAUCUCGUCCGUGACGUCUGACUUGAAAGAAAGCAUCCAGGACUCGGACUCUGGCUCUCUGGACACUGAGGUCACGUCCUUGCUCUCGGUUGAUUCGUCCGACUCGGGCUCGUCCGUCACCUCUGGCUAUGACAGCGCAUCCCCCUCGUCCGGCCAGAGCCGAGGUGGCCUCAUGAAGAAGUAUGAAAAUGUUCUACAAGACUGUCUGCAGAGCAACCGCACAAACACCAAGAUUGAGUCCAUAAUGCUGAAACUACAGAGAUUACAGCACAAAGCAGCACUGGAUGAUGACUAUGAUACAGCUGAGCAUUUUGGAAAGAAGCUAGAGGAUCUGCGGCGAGAGAGAGCGACUCUUAAACCCGGACUUCCGUCCAGACAUCCUGAAUUCUGUGGCUUUCUGGAGCGCCUCAGGACAGCAGUGCAGAGGACCCUCCAGAUGACAGACAACUGCAGGCUAAAUGGAGAAUCGAGUGAAGAUCAGGGACGUUCAUCCGACUGUCGUCACCAACCACAAACACAGGAGCAGCUGGUACAGGAGAAACUAAGGAUUCAGAUGGAGAUGUGUGAACUCCAGCGGCGUUUAGAGGAGCUUCAGGUGCAGAGCAGAGCUGUGGAGGUCCAGCUGCUCCAGGAGGAACGGGGACUGGAGGUGGAGGAGGCGGAGGGGUCUGUGGUCACCGGCUGUGAUGCGGUUCAGCUGCGGCUGAUUGGUCGAGCUCUGGAGGACAUGAUGACAUCAGAGAACCGCGCUCGGAUCAGUAUGCAUCCACCAGCGCAGAUCAUCAGACUACAAGAACAGGAGCGAGCUCUUAGUUUAACCAUUAAAGAAGCAACAGCUAAAGUGGUGAUGAGUCGGAGGUUGGGCAGCGAUCUGAGGCGUAAACUCGGUGAGAGUGAAACACAGCUGUUGGCCCUCCAUGAGGCGAAGCUCACGGCCAUCUCAGGAAAUGACUUCAGCACUGCGAAGGACCUGAAGGCAGAAAUCAGGAGCAUGUACAGUGAGAGAGAUUGUCUGGAGGGGCAGCUGAGGAAACUGAAGAGCAUCAGCACAGGAAGUGGACCAGAUCUGACCCGCAUGAAGCACCAACACAACCAGAUCAAACUGGAGCUGCAGCAGAGAGAGCAGCAGUACGAACACCGUUUAAAAGAAAACACCUUGAAGUACAUUGAGCUUCUUGAGGAUCGCCUUCACAGUAUUUGUGGAAGUACAGCACUGGAGCACAUUUUGGAAGCAGAUUUGGAAGCUUGCCACCUUAUCCUAAGAGGUCUCGAGCAGUGCAUGCCCAGCCUCCCAGAGAGCGAUGAUCUCCUCCCUUCACCAGGAUCAAGUUUAAGUGCCCUGACAUUCAUCAAAGGAGAAGCGGACUGCGCCAUGUUGACUGCUUUAGGGGGGUGCUGGUGUCCUGAUGCUGACCUACAGCACUCUGAGUUUACUAAGAAAUUAGAGGAGUUCCUGUUCUGUUUUGAGGACAGUUCAACUGAGGAUCUGUGUGGUGAAGUGUUAGACCUGACGGAGCGAUGUGAACUCAUCGGUGACAGACUGCGUCACCUGGAAGACCAGCUCCAGACCGCCAUUGACAACCACGACAAGGACCUCACUCUGUCCAUUGAGAAGGAAGUUCAGGGGCUGAAGGCCACUCUUCAGUCCAUGCUGUCACAGUUGAUGGAGGAUGAAGAGGAGGAUGAAGACAAGUUUUGUGACGUAGAGGAAGAACGGUUUAAGGAGGAGGACAUAGAAGAGGAGCAUUACUUCAGUGACAGCUGGGAGAUUUAAGAUAGACUUAAAUGUUUUCAUGCCCUGGUGAGAUGCCCUGUGGAGUCCAGUGUCUCUGAGACGUGUAUGCAUGCGUCAAUGGUGUGAAACUCCACAUUCCUGUAAUCUCAUCUUCACUGUGUUGUAGCAUUUACUGUAGCAGUGGACAUUUUUAUUAAGUUCUUGGGAGUUCACAAAGUGUCCUUGAUUAUGCAACAUGUUUUCUGCUGAGGUUUCCUACCACUGGAAAAUCUUUGAAAAGUGAAGCCCUUUAUUUAUUCGUCUGUAUCUGUGAAUAUGCACAAAAAAAAUAAUAAUAAAAAAAAAUGCAUGUCACAUUUCACCCUAAAAUAAAUGCAUUUUUAGGACCACUAAUACGUUUUUAUUGUGACAUUAUUUUUAUAACAAUUAAGCACC